GCUCCCAGCCAGAAUGGCGGCUCUUUUGGAAUCGCUUCUGUCGAAGAAAGUGGAUCUUAACACGGUCACAGACUGGCUAAAAAAUCACGAGCAGGAGUAUGACAAGCUGUCAUUCAGUAAACCUCGGGUGACAGUUCACAAACAAGAAUUUGUCCCUUUUCUUUUAAAUUUCCUGAGAGAGCAGAGCAGUCAGGCACUAACACAUGGCCCUGCCACGCCGGCCAAGACCCCCAGCCGUUCCAGGCCUGCUGCACAGACACAAGGGUUUUCUGACAGGAGGGGCUGCAGGUCUGCUGGUGGUGGAGCUGGUUCACGGAGUGCCAGCAGGGUCCAGCUGUUUUCUCCAGCCACGUCAGUGUCACCUGGAACUGAGUGGGAUGCUGCUAGUCAGUCAGGGUCCCAUUGUCUGAGCGAGACCAGUGCCUUCAGCAGCCCCUCCUUUACUACAACAUGGAGCCCUGCCUCCAGGCCCUCAGGCUCUGAGCGCCGGCCUGGCCAGAGGAUCAGUCUGGGGGACUACAUGGUUUCUCCUCCGGACCUCCAGCACAGCCCCAACCUCCAGUCACAGAAGGCCCGCAAGAGGACUGGUGGUGGCACAGCUGGACAUGGAAGACAUGGAGGAGGGCGUGGAGGACAGCACAGUGAUGAGAAUGCACGAUGGGACAGUGGAGGGAAGAGGUCAGGUAGAGGAGGAGGAGGCUACAGUAGGAUAAGCGAGCAGGUUACACCUCCAUCUGGGGGGCAGCUCAACUUCAACAACCUGGAGGAUUUCCCUCCUGUUGGGUCAUCACCAGUUUCACCUGCGGCAUCCAAACCAUCUAGAAGAAUAAACCCAACACCAGUCAGUGCAGAGCGGCCACAUUCCAAACCAAAGACCUGCUUCACCUCCACCCCCUUCAGGAAGCCCUCUAGUCCCCCAUCAGGUGUAGAGGUGCUUCAAGGGUCGAUGACAGUGGGCAGCCCUCUGAGCCUGCAGGAAGAGAGGGAACUGCUUAAGAGGGAGAAGACAAAGCGUGCCCAGCAGGUUGGCUCUCCCUUGCCUUCCUCUCUGGAACCUUGCACCCCUACUAAGUCAGGGCUUAGGACCGGAUCCAAAGUUACACCUGACCUGCAGACGCCUUGUCCAGAACCAUUCAAAGUCACCUUCUCCUUGGAGCUGGAUCUCUUGGCAGAGCUGUAUUGUACCUGCAUUUCUGAAAACCUAGUGCCAAAUAUUUUCCUGGAGCUUUUCUUUGUGAUGCAGUUGCUGACGUCUCGGUCCCUUCACACUCAUGACGAUGAUGAACAGGAAAGUCUGUGUGCAGUAAACUCAGAUGUUCUGGAGAAAUGUUACCUAAGACAAGUACACAACUGUGUGUAUUUUGCAGUAAAGGUUCUGGAGAAUCAGUUUCAGUUGAUAGCUCAUUUGGACAAGUGUACACUGCGCCUGCUGGCAGAGAACGAGAGGGUGGCGUCUUUCUCUCCAGAUCUCAGAGAUCGUCUCACUCAAGCCCAGGACAGAAGCACAGCUGAGCUCUCUCCCUCCGUCUCCACUUUCAUCCACUCGGUCCCAUUCCAGCCUGCUACGGACAACAGGUCCAACUUCGGUAGUGACAAGGCCUUCCACACCUUUAAAAAACAGAGAGAUAUUUUUUAUGAGGUGCUGCGAGAAUGGGAGGACUUUCACAUGGAACCAGGAUGGAGCUUUGAUGCCGCUUUAGGGAGUAGGAUAAGAGGAAUGAUGAGUCAACUGACCUCUGCAGGAAACCAUUCCCAUUUUGCCCGUCUGUUCCUCAAGCAGCUUGUCCAGAUGUGUAAAGGACCCCGUGUGAACAGCUCUCCAGGGGAUACCCCUGACACUGACCUGCUAGGUAUGCUGGGAGCUGACAGCUUGGGGCGUCUGAAGCGCCUUGAAGAGCGUCUCAUUCAGCCGCAUGGAGUUGUUGGUCCCUGCCCUCCGCCAUCUUUCCCUGGCCACCAGGAGUUCUUCAGAGACUUCCUACAGACUGCCAGCUGCUGCCAGCUGAACCAGCACCUGCAGGACAGCCUUUGUCAGCAGCUCCUUCAGCUGGAUGAGGUGUCCAUCCUGAGCCCCCCCACUUCCACUGGGGAGGGAGAGGAGGAGGGAGAUGGGGACAUGGAGCAGCAGGAUGAGAAGCAGCGGUUCACCUCUGUGCUGCUCCUCGCUCGCCUUCUGGCGAAGUUCCUUGGAUUUAUUUCUUUUCUGCCUUACCAAACAUCUGAGCGACCAUCCAGAGAGAUUCAGGAGACAGCUAUAGCCCUGCGCAGCAAGAGCGUUCCAGUGCUUAAUGUGUGUGCUGUGCUGAGUAACAGUGUGAAAAGGAGGCGCACCAUCCUGACUGUCCCCUGGCUUGUGGAGUUCCUCUCCAUGUUGGACUUUAUCGGUCCCCUGCUGCUCUGCUACAGGACUGCGUUAGGCACACUGCUCCUCCUGUACAGGAGAAUGCUGCUGGGCAGAUGUGGAGAAAUGUGCUACCUGAACAAGCUACUAAUGGUGUCUGUAUUAGGAUGGCUUUUCCAGAUCCCGGUGAUUCCGGAGAACAUUUUCUUCACCAAUGAGUUCACUGAGGUAGCUAAGCUGGAGGGCAGCAACACAAGUGGUGCAGGACUUGACUGCAUUCCCCUCGUGGAUCAGCAGCUUCUCUAUACAUGUUGUCCAUUUCUCGGUGAGUUUCGUAAGCUCCUGGCUGCCUUUGUGUCUGGAAGCGCAGCCAAAAGUGGAGGAAUUAUCCGCAAGAUCACCCCCACUUCUGCUGAGCUCAGGGAUACGCCGGUUGCCAACAGGUCGCAGCAGAAGCUACAGGUGGACCUCGAGCAAGCCUUCUUUCACAACCAGCCCCCGUCUUUGCGCCGCACUGUGGAGUUUGUCGCUGAGAGAAUCGGAUCCAACAGCGUCAAACACAUGAAGGCGACAUUAGUGAGUGAGCUGGUGGAGAGAGGAGAGAAGAUGCUGAGGGAUGGACUGGAGUUGCCAAACUCAAAUCCCUCAAAACUGAAUGACUCGAUCUGUGCUCAUCUGUGUGACGCAGGAUUGGAGGCCCUGGAAAGAGCCACAAGAUAUUGCUGUGCGAAGAGUCCUGAAGCCAUAAGAAUUCUGCUCCCUGAUGAGACCUCACCUGCUGUCCUGACCACAUCUGAAAACAUCACCAAACGUCUUGCAACAGAAAAAGCCUGCAGCUGGCUUUCUGCCAACAUUACAGCGCUCAUCAGGCGAGAGUGGAAGAGCAGGUACGAUCAGGUGAUGAAGGCUCAGGGUAGCCCAGUGACUCCACAUGCGGGGGAUGUGGAGCGGCCUGUGGUGGAGUUGGUCUCCCAGGAGCAGUCGACCACUCCGAAGAGGAAACAAGGAGGUGAGAGAGUGAUCUCCUGCCCUCCACACUGCAGCCACAGUGCCUCACUGCCCUCAGACGUCCUCAUUGAGAUGAAGGAGUUGUUGAGCGUCGCAGUAGGCCCCAGGACUGGUGAGGAGCUGCCAACUGACUCUCAGCUCCAAACACUGCUACAGAGAGUGGGAGACACACUGGUCUGCAGAAAGUUUUUAACUGUGGUGUCAGAGCAGAUGCUUCUGAACUGUACUGUCCUACUGGCCUGCAAACUGGUGUCUGCAGAGCUGCCGGUGCUGUCGCUGUCUGGGUGCAGCGUAGGUGGUGAGGUUGUAGCCGGUCCUGGUUCGGGGUCAGAGCCUCCUGUCAGAGCACUGCUGGAGCAGCUUGCUGAGCUGUGGGAGAGAGACUGCUGCUCCUCUGCUCCCCUCCACCUGCUCUUCACCCCACUCACUGUCACUGCUGUGCUGAAGGCCACUGACACUGAGUGGAACAACUACCUGUUCCUGGUUAGAGGGCUGGUGGACAGAGGACUCUUGGGUGAGGAGGAGGUCAUAUCUCAUUGGAAGAAGCUAACAAACUUGGCCUUGCCUGCGGAGCUGAUAGAGAAAUUUCAGCUGCAGUCACAGAGUAUUAAACCCUCGUUGCCUCCGGCUGAGCUACCAAGUCACAUGGAGAUGCUGCAGGUCUCGCAUCAGGCGGUAGAGGGCGCUACGUGACAACAGUAAUAUUACCAAAUGUCCAACAGCAUUUUUUAUGUGAUCACCACAGUGUUUUAAAUCACAUCUGUCAGUGUGUUUUUCAAGGGAGUGACAGUUCUGGGAGACUUCUUCUUUUUGACCAUUUUUUCCAGUUGAUGUUUCUGCACAGCUCAUCAAAGCUGUUCCACAGUCUGCCUCUGCACAGACUUUGCAAGCUUCAGACUUUUGUUCUUCACCUGUGAAGUGACAGCAACCUUUCAUGAAUCCCUCUGCUCUUUUGCUAAGGUGCUGGUGGGAACCAGAAAGUCCUGCCAGUCAGUGGUAGUAGCUGGGGACCACACCAUCCCUUACGUUAGAUCCAGGGAACCUUCCUGAAAGCAAACCUGGAUAUACGAUUGUGUCCAAAGGGAAAUACUAGUAGAUCAAGCAUUUCAAACAGUCAAGACCAUAGCAGAAUAUUAGACGGGAGAUGGGUGCCCAAGAUGGGCAUUUAUAAGUUUUUGGACCAGAGGAUUUAACUGAGUAGCUUUGCUGCCACUUAAAGGCAUUGGCUUAAUAAAAUGUACAACAAAUACUGUAUAUUUCUAAUUUUGGCACUUGAAAUUUAACCGGACAAGCCAAGUUUUAAGAGACAUUACAUUUGACCAUUUCUAAAAAUGAACUGAAAAAUGUAAUUUCUUUUGGUAGUUUUUAGUCCCGCCAGUGAAAAUAAAUUCUUUAUUUUAGUAUAGCACUUUCACACACUGCCUUCGACCGCCACUACUAGUGAACUGCAUGUAUGUUUCAUGAAUGCAAGACUGCAUUUGUGAUUAUUUUUGUUCAUGUUGAAUGAGCGAUGUAUUCUCUGCUGCUUUUAAAGCGAAAUAUUUUUAUGUUGCCACAAAGUUUAAAAUAUAAUAAUAAAGAUGUA